AUGCAUGUGAAGCCGCGAGAUGGCAAGCCCGAGAUCUACCCCUACUUCCAGGCUUUCACGAGGCUCUUCGCGGAUACGGAAACCGGGGAGAUGGCGGCGCACUUCGCAAAGCCCCUCCUUGGAGACUCGCAGCUGCAAGACCUGCUCGCUUCGGGUGCGGGGAGGAUCGUUCACAUCACCCGGAAUCCAACGCAGCUGGUGAUGUCGGGCUACGUCUACCACCGGAAGGCCGCCGAGGUCUGGACCACCUUCCGCGAUCCGCCCGACUGCCUGAAUUGCGAUCACGAGGCCUGGUCGCAAAUCUUCCGGCGAUGCCGCUUCCGGUGCAGCUAUGCAGAGUUGCUGCAGAACCUCAGCGUGCCAGAAGGGCUUGAGGCCGAGAUUCUCCGCAGCCGCCUGGACGUGGCGAAGAUGCUGUGGCACGCGCGGCGCUGGCAGCAGCUGGAGCACGUGAUGCAACUCUCUAUGGCUGACUUUCAGAUCCACUACAACCGAACCCUGGAGUGCAUCGCCCGGUUCUUCUUGCAGAAGCCGCCCCCAGAAGCCCUGGAGCCGGGCAGCCUCCAGAAAUUCCUGGACCACGCCCAGCUCUUCGACCCGGUCCGCUCCCGGAGGUGUGGUGUAAGAGCCCGGAGAAAGGGAGGACAAACCUGCCGCACUCCCGGAGGGGGCCGCAUGCAUGAGGUGAGGAUCCAAGAUCUGGCAAACCACGUCGCGGACCCGGAGGCUAAACCGAACCUUUUGGUUCACUUGAACGACUUGGAGUCCUUCCACUCCUUCCUUGGCCCUGCCGGAGAGGAGCUCCUGGAAGCCACCCGGAAGAGUCCGACAGCUCGGAAGUACGGCUGCCCCUAA